AUUAGGGUUCACGAAGCUCUUUAAUUUAAUCGUCCUCCUCCUCCGCUCUUCUGUAUCUUUCUUCCCAAAUUCCUCCAGAAUGGCCGAUGAAGAAGAUGCUCUCUCUCAAUUCAACAUAUCGAAAGAGGAAACGGAUAAGCUAGUAUCAGAGGUGAUAAGAUUCAUACUGUUCAAGUCACACCAAACCUCAGGUUGUCCAAUUAAAAGAGAAGAUUUGACUCAGAUUGUUACUAAGAACUAUCGCCAGCGUAAUCUCGCCACACACGUCAUCAACGAAGCCAAGAACAAGCUCUCUAAUGUCUUUGGUUACGACUUAAAAGAGCUUCAACGCUCUCGUGCUUCUUCUAAUGCUCAAACUAGGCUUCCUCCUCAGUCACAGAGUUCUGUUGACUCUAAAUCGUAUGUGCUUGUUAGUCAAUUGCCGAUUGAAACGUUUAGGAAGUACGUUGUGGAUGAAACCACGAGUCCUUUGACUGGCUUCACCUUUGCUGUUCUUGCCAUUGUGCAACUUGCAGGUGGUAAAAUCCCUGAAGAAACCCUUUGGCAUCAUUUGAAGCGAAUGGGACUGCAUGAAGGUGAUGAGCAUAAUCCUGUGUUUGGAAACAAUAAGCAGACCCUGGAGACUAACCAAACAGAUUGGUGCUAGAAAGUCUUUAACUUAUGUACUUUGUAAGAUUGCCUUUGAUUAUUCAAUGUAUGUGAAGCUAGUUGAGGAAACAAGUUUUGGCAAAGAUCAGUUCUGAUGUAAUAUUGACAAAAAAAAAUAUGAAUUGACUUUAUAA